CUUUGCGGCUGUCAUUGUCAAAACUAUUGGAUUUAUGGAAUUAUUUGUUUACCUUUAUAUUAUUUAGUUCACCGGGUAAAUAACGUAUUAAAUCAAUCUUAUAUUAAAUAUUCUAUAGGGGAAUAAUGCCAGCAGCAGGUGUUUAUUCACUUUUAAAUAAGAGGGAAAAUGCACACGAUGACCCCAUUUAUUGCUGUUUCUUCACGAGCAUUAGGACGAACGACGAUACCAAUUAUCCCUCAGAAGAAUACUUAGUGACAGGAGGGCUUGACAGUCUAGUGAAAGUAUGGCAUUUCCAGAAAAAUAAGAUAGAUUUACUUCACACUCUAGCAGGCCACUGUAUGGCUGUUGUGUCUGUUGCUGUAAGUCCCAAUGGCCAGAUAAUAGCGUCAGCGUCAUUAGACUCAACAUUAAUGAUUUGGGAACUGACAACCGGAAACAAGAUCAAUGCAAUAAAAACAAAUGCAACAGAUGUUUGGAAAGUGUCAUUUUCACCAGACGGUACACAUGUUGUGUCUGGCAGUCAAAACGGCAAGCUUAAUGUUUAUAAUAUUGUCACGAACACAGUAGAGAAAGUCUUGGAUUCAAGAGGGAAAUUCGCACUGUCUGUGGCCUGGAGUAGUGAUGGUAAAAGUAUAGCAAGUGGUUCCGUGGAUGGAAACGUAUAUGUUUUCGACGUGUCUCAAGGGAAGCUGUCGCACACAUUGAAUGCGCACGCGCAGACCGUCAGAAGCAUAGAUUUCUCGCCCAAUUCCAAGCUGUUGGUAACUGGCUCCAAUGAUGGAUUUGUCAAAGUUUUUGAUGUUGCGAAUGAAAACCAUCAGGGCAGUUUGAAACUGAAUACGUGGGUUUUAAGCGUUUGUUUCUCUGGAGACGGCUCGCGGGUCGCCGUUGCGACGGCCGACGGUCGCGUGACCAUCGCCCUGGUGAAGGAGCUAAAAGUUUUACAGACAUUCCAGGAACACAACGAAACAGUAUGUGAUCUCAAGUUCAACGCAAGCGGUAAUAAAUUAUUCUCAGUGUCGAAAGACAGGUCGAUAAAUAUUUAUGAAUGUCCAAUUCCAACUAAGAAUGAUAAAAAGUAAUGUAUUUAUGAUAUAUGAUUUUGUAAUAAAAAACGAUCUAAUAUAACAUUUAUUAUCUGUGACAA